UCCGGGGCGCCGCGGGAGGGGCCAUGGACGCGGCGGGGGUCCCGGCAGAUUGCGCGGAGGUCAUUGGGAAGCUCCUGCCGAAGCUGUCGGGCAUCAUUGCUGAUGCGCAGGCGAGGCGAGCAAACCGGCUGGCAGCGAUCAAUCAGCUGAAGAAGAGUUCGGCGAAACAAUUUUUCCACCUCGGCACCGCUCUGGUCACCACCACGUACCUCCCUGAGGGCCCAAUGGUCCAGAAGGUGAUGGCGGCUCAGGCGGGUGAUUUGCUGGACGUCUUGCAGAGGGCCGACGGGUGGACUUUCUGCCGGCACCAGGCCUCCGAGAGGAUGGGGUGGAUCCCUGCAGAGUGCGUCACGGAAGUGGCCACCUUCAUCUCGAAUCAGGAGUCCAGUGGCAGUGAUGGCUUGCUCCGUGGCGAGGUUGGCGAGAAAGUGCAAGUCCUCAGCUGGCACUACAGCGGGUGGGUGCUGUGUCGGGAGUGGAAUGCCGGUGGCACGACGCCCUCGCGCCUGAAGUCCGGCUGGGUUUCCGACAGCUGCCUUGCCGACAGUGCUAGUCAGGACCCCGAGGCCAAGAUGUCCAGGUGGCACGUCUCGGUAUUCGAAGAGCUAGACCGCAUCGUUUCCAAUGGGCGGGCGGCGGAGGCCCUCCUCAGCGGGAUGACGCUGAGUCCGUGGGCGGGAGACAAGUCAGAUGCCUCCCUGAGGCACUGCGUGGAGGUAUGCUCUGGGCUGGCGGCCGAGCAUCGGCAGGUGUGUGAGGCGGAAUCCCGACGCGAUGAACUUCCCACCUGGAUACUCCCUGGCGCCCCUUGCAGAUGGUGGUCGACAACUGGCAACUGCUUUGUGGACGCCUACAUCGACAGCGUCGACUGGGCCGGCAAAGAGGUCCGCUUCGUGUUCGCCGCCAAUGCCUCCGCCUGGAAACGCCUGCCAUUCAAGCACUUCCGGCGGCCUCCCGAGGAGUGGCGCGCUCAGCCAGCACAGAAGCACGACGAGCCCACGCCUGUGAGCUCUUGCCCCACCACUCCACCCAACGUGCUCUCUCCCGUCGCGGCCAACACGACGCAGCCAGAGUUUCCCGCGUUUCCGGCGGACCAGCCACGCACGCCCAACGAACUCGGAGGUGGCGACCCCGCUCUGGCCGUGGCCAGCACCACGCAGCCGGAGCUCCUGGCGACUCCUGCGGAUCAGCCGCACACGCCCAACGUCCUCGGCGGGGGCGACGCCACUCCGACGCAGGAGGGGUUCCCUGCGAUCUCGGCGGAUCAGUCCCACAGGCUCGUCGCAAGCGCCAGGCGGCUCGUCGAGCCGCGGUGCUGGGACUCCGAGGCCGGGGAGGAGCCGCCAGACGUGGCAGCGCUGGCGAGCGCCUGGCCAGAGGUGGCGGCUGAGCUGGACCUGCUGUCCGCCUCGCAGGUGCCCGCGGGUCAGGGCGGGGGCGGCGCCUGGCCGCAGGCCCAGGAGCGGCUACGGGCGCGGCAGCUCGCGGCCCAGAAGGAGGUGCUGCGGCGCAGCCUCGAGGAGAGUCCGGCCGGCCUCGCCGAGGCGGUGUUCCUGCCGGGCGCGGAGAUGCGGUCCUCGGGGCGCGGCGCCUCGGACAGCGCAGGAGAGCUGGACGCCGAGUGGGUGGCUCUCCAGCACAGCUCCGCAGAAGACGCCCAGUGGGGCCCCGUCGAGUCCGCAUGCAGUCCCGCUGCCAGCGGCCUCAGGGACAUGCUGGUCGCGCUCGAGGGGCGGGUGCGCCAGGUGGCGCAGACAAGCCUGGAUGUGGACCCCGAACAGGAACAAUCGCCAGGCGGCCGCGACCAGGAGCGCGGCGCGGAGGAGCACGCCCGCCAGCUCAAGCAGCAGGCCAGCGCGGCCGUCGAGGCUGUGGGCGGCGUGCUCCUGCGGCGCUGGAGGCGGCAUCUCGCGGAGGACAAGGCCUGGAGCCUCCGGCGGCUCGGGCAGCUGGAGGAGAGGUGGUCGCGGACGCGACGAGUCAGGUCGAGCAGCUUCGGGUGGAGCGCUGGGAGCACGCGGCCACGGUGCGGGGGCGCUUCGAGGAGGAGCAGCGGCGUGUCCAUGCGCAGUCGCAGGUGCUCAUGCGGGCGUCGACCGCGGUCAACGAGGAGAGAAGCGCCGGAAGGUCCAGGCCGUGACCGCGACCCGCGAGGAGAGGCAGAGGAUCUUCGCCGCCUCCCUCCGCAGGACGAUGCGCCUGAAGCAGGAGCUGGAGGGGCUAGUCCUUGUCCCAAGCUGAAGCAGAAGCACUCGGUGCUCCUGUACUCGCUGCGCGUCCUAGAGAGCCAGCUCAAGAAGGAGGUCCCGGCCUUUGAGCAGAAUGCGCUGGAAGGGGCGGCGGAGGAGUCGGAGGAGCAGUGGCACGGCUUCGGGCUGCGCGCGGAGCAGCGGCAGGCCCUGCAGCAGGCCGAUGCCGACUUCGAGGAGGCGCUGGCCGUCGAGUUGGCGGCCUUCGAGGUAGCCAACCGGCGGCAGUUGGAGAGUUCGGAGAGCCUGGUGCGCCAGCUUGCUACGCGGCUCCGCGGUGAGAUCAUAGUGGAGCACGGGUCCACCCUGAUCGUCACCCGGGUCGCCAGCUGGGAGCUCGCCUGGCAGGCGCUGCAGGUGGAGUUCAUUCCGAGGUUGCUCGAGCCGUUCGCCUGGGCGGCGGCGAAGCUGGCGGAGGGGGCGCGGGCAGCGGGCAGCGGGGGCGCGGGCAGGGCAGCCUGCGAUGCCGCCCUGCGCCUUGUCUUGGGGGUCCGUGGGCUGAUGGAUCUGGUCCUUGGAGAGGGCUCGGAAGGCUUUGACGCCAUCAUCCUCGCCGCCAAGGCAUCGAUGCAGGCCGCCGACCCCGAGUGGGAGGCCGCGCUCGUGAGCUCAGAGCAGGCGUGGCAGGCGCUCUCCGCAGUGGCCGGCGAGGCCGCUGCGCCCGACGAGGACGAGCCCGACUCGCCCAUCGCGCGCAGCAUCUUCACCAACCAGGGGUUCUGCGAGCCUCCGCCCUCUGAGCGGGCGCGCACUCCCCCCGCUCCGGGCCCCUCCACCGGCGCCAAGCCCUUCACCGCGCCGCAGGCCGCGGCCCGCAAGACAGCUGGACCCAGGGCCUUCGGCAACGCCGUUCGCCGGGCGCCCUCUGGCCCAGGGGAGCACUCGCCGCACGGGGGCUCGGUGACGCCCGUGUCCUCUCUCCGUUCUCAGGGCCGCAAGCCGUCCUCUGCCUCAGGCCAAGCCCCAGCGCCCUCCAAGGAGAAGCCUCGCGCGCUGGCCUUCGCGGGCGAGUUCAUCGUCGGGCCCGCCGCGCCCGCCAAGCCCGGCGGGGCAGGCCAGGCCGGGCCGGGCCCGCUGCAGAGCCCCGAGGGGCCGGCCCAGCGUUGA